UGGUCCUUCUGUAGCAUGUUUAGAUUGGAGUGAAAUUUGUGAUGGAACAGUUGAUUGUCUCGAUGGAGAAUUUGAUGAAGAACAUUGUUGGCAGCUUGAAAUAAAUGAAUGUAAUGAUCAUGAAUAUCGAUGUACGAAUGGACAAUGUAUAACACAGUCGUUUUUUCGAGAUGACUAG